AUGGAGAAGCAGUAUGUUUGCUACCAAUGUGGCACCCCUGAGAAGAGCAGGAAAAGUUUCAGCAGUUUACCCCAGACAAGCAAGAAUGAAGAGCGUACUCCUAACUUCCAACAGCGCUAUGCUGGGACAGAGCAUCGGAGAUUCACCACUUCUGUGGUCCGUAGGAGCCACUAUGAGGAGGGCCCAGGGAAGAAUUUGCCAUUUUCAGUGGAAAACAAGUGGUGGUUACUUGUUAUGAUGACUAUGUACUUUGGACCUGGAUUUGCUGCACCUUUUUUUUUUUUUAUAGUAAGACACCAACUGCUUAAGAAAUAA